ACACAAGCAGAAGGCCGUGUUUACUUAUCCAUCGGACCGAGGCUGCCUCUCUGCCCAGCUCAAACAAGGUGUAUGUGUGUGUGUGCGUGCUUGUGUACAUACACACACACUCAGCAGGAAACAUAGAGUUCUUGUGUGCAUGUGUGUGUGUGUGUGUGGGAGAGAGAGGAGUGCUGAGUUGAGCUGAGAAGUGCCACACGCUUCCACUUCACCACGGAGAGGAGAGGAGAGAGAGAGUGAGUGUAAGCGCCCGCGUGUGUGUGUGUGAGAGAGCCCGGCCAGGACGUAGCAGGACUAAAGGAGAAAGAGCGGGUGCAAGGCUGUGUUUACACAGAGCCAAGAAAGAAAAGUGUUGAAAAGAGAGAGAACAUUUUGUUCUUUGUUUUUCUCCUGUGUUUUUUUUUUUUUUUUUUUACUUUGCAAAGGAGAGAGCGGAAAAGAAAGGACCAACUCUGAGGACAAAAACAGGAGGGAAUUUUUCUUUUCUUUUUGGAAACGGCGGUUAACAUGGAAUGACGUGAAGAACAGAUGAACGGAAAAAUAACUGGAUCUCUGUUAGCAUAAAAACCCUGUUCCCUCGCUUUUUCUCUGCCACACCUGGGAACACCUCUCCUCUCCUCUACUUGACUUGACCGCCUACUCUUCAGCCCGUGCUGGAGCUGCUCUCUCUGCACACUAGGAGGCUAUGCUGUGGAGAAGCCUGGCUAGCCGAAACUUGCCAAGCUCGUACUGGUGCGCAUGUAAUUGUGUGUGAGUGUUGCGGUUGUGGUCAGCUUUUUUUUUUUUUGUAAGAGAUGGAGUACGAUCAGCGUUCUGCCUCCCCUGGUCUUUCUCCUGCAGCGUUUGUCAACCAGGUGCAGUACUCCAACAUACUGGAGGGACGCUUCAAACAGCUGCAAGAUGAGCGAGAGGCCGUGCAGAAGAAGACCUUCACCAAGUGGGUGAACUCUCACCUGGGCCGCGUCACCUGUCGCAUCGGUGACCUCUACACUGACCUGCGUGAUGGACGCAUGCUCAUCCGCCUGCUGGAGGUUCUCUCCGGAGAACAGCUGCCUAAACCCACUAAGGGCCGCAUGCGGAUCCACUGCCUGGAGAACGUGGACAAGGCCCUGCAGUUCCUCAAGGAGCAGAAGGUGCACCUGGAGAACAUGGGCUCCCACGACAUCGUCGACGGCAACCACCGCCUCACCCUCGGCCUCAUCUGGACCAUCAUCCUCCGCUUCCAGAUCCAGGACAUCAGCGUGGAGACCGGGGACAACAAGGAGAAGAAGUCCGCCAAAGAGGCGCUGCUCCUCUGGUGUCAGAUGAAGACUGCUGGGUAUCCCAAUGUCAACGUGCACAACUUCACCACCAGCUGGAGAGAUGGCCUCGCGUUCAAUGCCAUCGUUCACAAGCACAGAUCGGACCUGAUUGAGUUUGACAACUUGAAGCGCUCCAAUGCUCAUUAUAACCUGCAGAAUGCCUUUAACGUGGCUGAGAAAGAGCUGGGACUGACCAAGCUGCUGGAUCCCGAGGAUGUGAAUGUGGACCAGCCUGAUGAGAAGUCUAUCAUCACCUAUGUGGCCACAUACUACCACUACUUCUCCAAGAUGAAGGCCCUGGCUGUCGAGGGCAAGAGAAUUGGCAAGGUGCUGGACUAUGCCAUCGAGGCAGAUCAGCUGAUCGAGAAGUAUGAGAGCCUGGCGUCUGAGCUGCUGCAGUGGAUUCAGCAGACCAUCGCUACGCUAAACGACAGACAGCUGGCCAACUCCCUCAAUGGUGUGCAGAACCAGCUCCAGGCCUUCAACACCUACCGCACGGUGGAGAAGCCACCCAAGUUCACGGAGAAGGGCAACCUGGAGGUUCUGUUGUUCACCAUCCAGAGCAAGAUGAGGGCCAACAACCAGAAAGUCUACAUGCCUAGAGAGGGCAAGCUCAUCUCUGACAUCAAUAAGGCGUGGGAGCGUCUGGAGAAGGCGGAGCAUGAGCGUGAGCUGGCGCUGAGGAAUGAAUUGAUUCGGCAGGAGAAGCUGGAGAUGCUGGCGGCACGCUUUGACCGCAAGGCGGCCAUGAGGGAGACCUGGCUGAGUGAGAACCAGCGUCUGGUUUCACAGGACAACUUUGGCUGCGACCUGGGCGCAGUGGAGGCGGCCACGAGGAAGCACGAGGCCAUCGAGACGGAUAUCGGGGCGUACGGCGAACGUGUGGCGGCUGUGGAGGCGGUGGCCCGCGAGCUGGAAGCGGAAGGGUACCACGAGGUGCGGCGCAUCGCCGCGCGCCGCGACAACGUGCUGCGGCUCUGGGAUUACCUGAAGGAGCUGCUGUCGGCGCGGCGCGAGCGCCUCAACUCCCACCGUGAUCUACAGCGCCUCCUGCAGGAGAUGAAGUACAUCAUGGACUGGAUGGCUGACAUGAAGGGCCGGCUGCAGUCUCAGGACAGUGGUAAGCACCUGCAUGAUGUGGAGGACCUGCUGCAGACACACAACCUUGUGGAGGCUGACACCUCCGCUCAGGCUGAGAGAAUCAAAGCGGUGCAGGCCAGCGCACAGCGCUUCACAUCAGAUGGACAGAUCUAUAAACCGUGUGACCCAGCGCUGGUGAGCGAGAAGGUGACCCAGCUGGGCCAGGCGUACGAGGAGCUGGGUGUGCUGGCCGGCACGCGGCGCGCGCGCCUGGAGGAGUCUCGGCGCCUGUGGCAGUUCCUGUGGGAGCUGGGCGAGGAGGCGGCGUGGAUCCGCGAGCAGGAGCAGAUCCUGGCCGGCGGCGACUGUGGGCGCGACCUCUCGUCAGCGCUGCACCUGCUCAGCAAGCACGAGGCCUUCCGUGACGAGAUGGCCGCCCGCUACGGCCCGCUGGGCCACAGCAUCGCCUCCGGCGAGCAGCUGGUGCGCGAGGGCCACUCCGGUGCGCCCGAGGUGACGGAGAGGAUCACGGACGUGCGCGCCCAGUGGGCACACCUGGAAGAGACUUCCCGGCAUAGAGAGCAGAAUCUGAAGGAGUCUGUGGCUCUGCACCAGUUCCAGACGGACGCUAAUGACAUGGAGGCGUGGAUCUCGGAGACACUCAGACAGGUGUCCAGUCAGGAAGUGGGCCAUGAUGAGUUCUCCACCCAGACUCUGGCCCGCAAACAGAGGGAAGUGGAGGAGGAGAUCCAGAGCCACCGCUCCCUCAUUGACUCCCUGCACGAGCAGGCCCUCGCACUGCCCUCAGCCUUCACACACUCGCCGCAGGUGGAGGGCCGUCUGCCGUCCAUCGAGCAGCGCUACGAGGAGCUGGAGUCUCUGUCGUCGGCGCGACGCCAGGCACUAGAGGGCGCUCUUGCACUCUACCGCAUGUACAGUGAGGCUGGAGCCUGUCAGCUGUGGGUGGAGGAGAAGGAGCAGUGGCUCCACGGCAUGGAGAUCCCUACCAAACUGGAGGACCUGGAGGUGGUGCAGCAGAGGUUUGAGACUCUGGAGCCAGAGAUGAAUAAUCUGGGCACCCGUGUCACAGACGUCAACCAGGUGGCCGAACAGCUGCUGAAGUCCGACAACCGCUGCAAAGACCAGAUUAACCACACACAAGACCAGCUCAAUAACAGGUGGAAGGAGUUCCAGGGGCUGGCCGACCAGAAGAAGCAGGACCUGGAGUCGGCCCUGAACAUCCAGAACUACCACCUGGAGUGCAACGAGAUCCAGUCCUGGAUGAAGGAGAAGACCAAGGUGAUCGAGUCCACUCAGGGCCUCGGGAACGACCUGGCCGGGGUCAUGGCCCUGCAGCGCAAGCUCACCGGCAUGGAGCGAGACCUGGAGGCCAUUCAGGGUAAGCUGGACGACCUGAAGCAGGAGGCGGAGAAGCUGGCUGAGGAGCACCCAGACCAGGCCCAGGAGAUCCAGGCGCGGCUGGCCGGGAUCCAGGAAGUGUGGGAGGAGCUCAACGCCACCAUGAAAAGGCGCGAGGAGUCGCUGGGCGAGGCGUCCAAGCUGCAGGGCUUCCUGCGCGACCUGGACGACUUCCAGUCGUGGCUGUCGCGCACCCAGACAGCCGUGGCCUCCGAGGACACCCCCACGUCGGUGGUGGAGGCCGAGCAGCUGCUCACGCAGCACGAGGCCAUCAAGAACGAGGUGGACAACUACCGCGAGGACUACGAGCGCAUGCGCGCCACCGGCGCCGAGGUCACCCAGGGCCAGACGGACGCCCAGCACAUGUUCCUGGCGCAGCGGCUGCAGGCGCUGGACACAGGAUGGCACGAGCUGCGCCGCAUGUGGGAGAACCGCCAUGCGCUGCUGGCCCAGGCUUUCGACUUCCAGACGCUCCUGAGGGACGCCAAACAGGCCGAGGGCUUCCUCAACAGCCAGGAGUACGUGCUGUCCCACACAGAGAUGCCCUCGAGCCUGCAGGGGGCGCUAGAGGCCAUUAAGAAGCAUGAGGACUUCAUGACCACUAUGGAGGCCAGCGAGGAGAAGAUAAACGGUGUGGUCGAUGCCGGGCGCCGCCUCGUUUCUGAUGGCAACGCCAACGCUGACAAGAUCCAGGAGAAGGCCGACUCCAUCCAGGACAGGCACCAGAAGAAUAAGGAGUCGUCCAGCGAGCUCCUGGCCAAACUGAAGGACAACAGAGAGCUGCAGCACUUCCUCCAGGAUGGGCAGGAGCUCACUCUGUGGAUUAACGAGAAGAUGCUGACGGCUCAGGACAUGUCCUAUGAUGAGGCCCGUAACCUCCACAGCAAGUGGCAGAAGCACCAGGCCUUCAUGGCAGAGCUGGCCUCCAACAAGGAUUGGCUGGACAAGAUCGACAAGGAGGGCCAGGCCCUGGUGAGUGAGAAGCCUGAGCUGGAGCCGGUGGUGCGUCAGACUCUGGAUGGGCUGCAGAAGCAGUGGGAGGAGCUGGAGAACACCACCAGAACCAAGGCCCAGUGCCUGUUCGACGCCAACCGGGCCGAGCUGUUCACCCAGAGCUGCUCUGCACUCGACUCAUGGGUCCAGAAUCAGUCCUCGCAGCUGCAGAGCGACGAUUUCGGCAAGGACCUCACCAGCGUCAACAUCCUGCUCAAGAAGCACCAGAUGCUGGAGCACCAAAUGGAGGUGCGUGAGAAGGAGGUGCAGUCGCUGCAGUCCCAGGCACUAGCCCUGGCCCAGGAGGAUUCUGGGAUAGCGGAGGUGGACGGCCAGCAGCGGCGUGUGGCCGACAGCUUUUCCCAGCUGCAGGAGCCCUUGCACCUCAGACGCCAGCAGCUCCUCUCCUCUAAGGAGGCCCACCAGUUUAACCGAGACCUGGAGGACGAGAUCUUAUGGGUGAAGGAGAGGAUGCCUCUGGCCAACUCCACAGACCACGGCAAAGACCUGCCCAGUGUGCAGCUCCUCAGCAAGAAGAACCAGACUCUCCAGAAGGAGAUCCAGGGCCACCAGCCCCGCAUCGACGACAUCCUGGCGCACGGGCGCAGCAUCGGCACGGCCACGGACGGCGGUGACGGGGAGCGGCAGGCGGCGCUGGAGGGGCGCCUGGGGGAGCUGGGCGAGCAGUGGGCGCGGCUCAUCUCCGAGACGGACGAGCGGCACUCGCGGCUGCAGGAGGCCAACCGGGCGCAGCAGUUCUACGCCGACGCCGCAGAGGCCGAGGCCUGGAUGGGCGAGCAGGAGCUACACAUGAUGUCCGAGGAGAAGGCCAAGGAUGAGCAGAGUGCUGUGGUGAUGGUGAAGAAGCACCAGAUUCUGGAGCAGGCGCUGGAGGACUACGCCCAGACCAUCCACCAGCUGGCCAACAGCAGCCGAUUCAUGGUCACCGGCGAGCACCCCGAGAGUGAGCGUAUCAACCUGCGUCAGGCCCAGGUGGAUAAGCUGUACGCUGGGCUGAAGGACCUGGCGGAGGAGCGGCGGGGGCGUCUGCAGGAGCGCCUGCGCCUCACGCAGCUCAAGCGCGAGGUGGACGACCUGGAGCAGUGGAUCGCCGAGAGGGAGGUGGUGGCCGGAUCCCACGAGCUCGGACAGGACAUCGAGCAUGUCACGAUGCUACGUGAUAAGUUCCGCGAGUUCGCCCGCGACACCAGCACCAUCGGGCAGGAGCGCGUGGAUGUGGUGAACGGGCAGGCGGACGACCUGAUCGAGUCGGGCCACCCGGAGAACGCCAGCGUGGCCGAGUGGAAGGACGGCCUGAACGAAGCCUGGGCCGACCUGCUGGAGCUGAUCGACACGCGCACGCAGAUGCUGGCGGCCUCGUACGAGCUGCACCGGUUCCACCAGGACGCGCGCGAGGCACUGGGCCGCGUGCGCGAGAAGACCGAGAACCUCAGCGCCGACCUCGGCCGCGACCUCAACACCGUGCAGCACCUGCACCGCCAGCACAACGCCUACGAGCACGACAUCCAGGCACUCAGUGGACAGGUGACGCAGGUGCAGGAUGAUGCGGCGCGUCUGCAGAAGGCGUAUGCCGGUGAGAAGGCAGAGGACAUCCAUCGCCACGAGCGCUCAGUCACCGAGGCAUGGGAGGGGCUUCUGGCGGCCGGCCAGGCCAGGCGGCUGCUCCUAUUGGACACCGUGGAGAAGUUCCGCUUCUUGAACAUGGUGCGUGACCUCAUGCUGUGGAUGGACGGGGUUAAUCUGCAGAUCCAAUCACAUGACAGUCCAAGGGAUGUGUCAUCUGCUGGGCUGGUCAUUGCCCACCAUCAGGACAUCAAGUCUGAAAUCGAGACCAGAGCAGACAGCUUCAACGCCUGUCAUGAGAUGGGCAACUCCCUGAUCAACAACAACCACUAUGCCGCAGAUGAGAUCCGGGAGAAGCUGGACCAGCUCCAGGCCAAGAGAGACGAGAUCAACCAAAAGUGGCAGGACAAGAUGGACCACCUGCAGAUCGUUCUGGAGGUGUUACAGUUCGGCCGUGACGCCUCAGUGGCGGAGUCUUGGCUGGCUGGCCAGGAGCCGCUGGUGCGGGCAGCCGAGCUGGGCGCCAAUGUGGAUGAGGUGGAGAGCCUCAUCAAGCGUCACGAGGCCUUCGAGAAGCUCGCUGCCGGCUGGGAGGAUAGGUUCUCCCUGCUGGAGAAACUCACCACGCUUGAAGAGCAUGAGAUGCAGAAGAGGCGAGAGGAGGAGGAGAGAGCAAGGCGACCUCCCACUCCUCCCCCCGCUGAAGUGGUAGCGUCCGACGGAGAAACUCUGGCCCACGACUCUGCCGCCAGAACCAGCCUGGACCAGACCACACUCAAUCAGUCGGUAUCUGUGAAUGGAGUUCACAGUGAUCAGGACACCUCACAGCAGUCGUUAUCAGUCUCAAUGUCAGAGCUCAAGAAGCCUGAUCCUAAGCCCGUGUCUAAACCUAUGUCUAAGCCCAAGGCACAGGAACGUAUGGCUCGUUGUGUCUCAGCCUGUGUCCCAGUGUUGUCGCAUCAAAUUAACGCAACUCUGCGGCACAAGAUGCAUAUGGGCUCCGAGUCAGAGUCCGUAAACGGGCCCGGGCGUGACAGUGGCCUCCCGUCCUCGUCUCGGCAUGACCCCUCGGCCACGCUGCCCGGGAGAGGGGGCGCCGAGCCAGGCGUCGACACCACAGAGGGCAUGCUGAACCGCAAGCAUGAGAUGGAGUCCCACAACAAGAAGGCCGCCAGCAGAUCCUGGCAGAACGUGUACUGUGUGCUGAGGAAGGGAAGCCUGGGCUUCUACAAGGACAACAAGAGCGCCAGCAAUGGGAUCCCCUACCACGGUGAGGUGCCCAUCAGCCUGGGAGAGGCCACCUGCGUUAUCGCCAACGACUACAAGAAGAGGAAACACGUCUUCAAACUCCGGCUAGGAGAUGGCAAGGAGUUCCUGUUCCAAGCCAAGGACGAGCCUGAGAUGAGCUCAUGGAUCCGGGCCAUCCACUCGUCCAUGCAGCCUGCCGCCGCCGAAUACUCGCCCGGGCCUAACCGCGGCCUGAGUCGGGCAAUGACCAUGCCUCCCAUCUCUCCCAGUUCUGGGGACACCGGCGGGGUCACUAUGCGCAACAAGGAUGGCAAGGAUAAAGACCGCGAGAAACGCUUCAGCUUCUUCGGGAAGAAGAAAUAAAACAAAAAAACAACCACAAACAAAAACAACACCGGCAACAGCAACAGCUAGAACUUCCUUACUACUACCACUUAAAUAACAAAACACACAACGUGUCAAAACUCAAAAUGAACUGAUAGCAGCCCAAGGGGAAAAAAAGGAAAAAAGGCACUCUCAACUCAAAUGCAUCCUCUCUUUCUAUCUUUAACUAUCCCUGUAUCUCUCCCCCCUCUCGCUUUCUUUCUUUCUCUCUUUAUUUCUUUCUUUCUUUCUUUCUUUCUUUCUUUCUGUGUGUUCUGGUCCAAGAGAGUCACUGAAUGUGCUGCGCUAACUGAUGUUUCAUUCAAUAUUUCUGUCUUUUAUCUAUUUAUUGUCUCUCCAUUUUUCAGACAGCUCUCCGUCAGUUGGGCCCUAUGAUAGGCCCGCCUCUUGGCUUAGAUGGAUUUUUUUUUUUAGCCAAUCAGAGAAGGUCUUGUGAGCAUCAGAAACCAGUUUGAGGUCUGUAGUCUUAAAACGGUGCAUGUGGCCACUACGCUUUUUAAUCUGGAGGUUUUGUUUGGGAAGGGAGGGUUUUCACAGGUGAAACUUCCAAACAGCCUCCCUGGGCGUAUGAAUUCUCUGAGUAAACGUACUCCGGACGCCUCUGCUCUCUCCUCUCCUCUCCUCUCCUCUCCUCUCCCCUCCCCUGGCCUGGCCUCCUCUCUGAUUCCAAAUGAAUGCUGAGGUGCCUGCUCCGGUGAGGCUUGCUGUUGGAGGAGUCGGGCCUGUUGCUCUAAACCACCUGAAAGAAAGGUGCCCUCCAGCACCAUUUUUUAACUCCCCAUUCGCUGAAAGUCUUACUUCCUCUUUCUUUCAUUUUGUUUCUUUUUCCAGUUUACCCUUUCCCGCUCUCUCUCUCUCUGUGAAGGAUCACAUACACACAUUGUUUUGUUAUUUUUUGGGUAUUGGUGUUACUUGCAUUACCAAUAAUUAUUACUGUUAUUAUUAUUAUUAUAUUAUUAUUAUCAUUAUUAUUUAUCUUUUUGCUGUUGCAGAUUUUGAGAAAAUAUUUAAAGAAAUUGUAAGUAUAGAUAGUCCUGUUGUAGGGGGAGAAAGGAAAAAAAAGAUUGGUUGAAACAGUGGGACCAUGUUGGUCUCUGUUCUUGUUUCUGUUUGUGCGCAGAUUUAUCCAUUAGGGAAAAUGGCCUAAAUGACAAGGUUUUUUCAUUUUUUAAAUAAAAAGGUGCAGUUAUGUUUUGCAGUGUGCAGAUAUUAACAAAAUACAGUCAUUUUGGGGGUGGGGCUUACGUUUUUUAAAGUGGAUUUCUUCUACCUUUUCUCUGUCUGACUAGAUCUUAACCUAAAGCUCUUUCAAUCUUUCUUCUUCUUUUGAGGGGGUUUCUAUCUGUUUUGACUUUCAAGUUCUGUUGUUUUUCUUUUUUUUUCCUCCCCCAUUCUUUCCUAAAACAAUCAAGAAUUUGGUUUGUUGUGAGGGUGAGAUUUUUUUUUUAAUCAUUAUUUGUGGUGCCGUGGUUUGCACACAAUUUGCUUUUUAGUUGGGUUGAGAGGCAACUGCUUGGGUGCAUGUUCUUGAACGCACCCCUACAUACACACACACACUGGCGUACCGACAUGCCACACACAGAGAGCUGUGCAGAGGGUUCUGGCGCAGUGUGAUUGAAGGGGUUUUCUUCUGUUGUUUUCUUUUUCUCUUCUUUUUUCGGGUUUGUUUGACUUGAAUAUGUAGUUGAUACUGAUAAGUUUCUAAUUAAACGUUCCUCUUAGUUGAUUAUCAGGUUUCAGUCUCACUGUUCACACAUAAACACACACACACACACACACACACACAACUCUCCUACCCCCGCUCUCUCUCUCUCUCUCUCUCUCUCUCUCUCUCUCUCUCUCUCCCUCCCCCCCCAUCACAGUUGUAAGCCCUUUUGGAAGUAUUAUUUUUAGAGAAAAGGCAAAAGGCAACAUUUCAGACGGUGCACAAACAGUAAAAAUAUAUUCUCCAAGAGAGAGAGAGAUUUGCAGAAAAAAACAGAAAACAAAACAAAUCAGCAAAAUAAAUACAAAAGUAGACUUGGCGCAAAAAAAAAAACUGAACUUCUAUUUUUGUAAUGAUUAAGGAGAGGGCGUGCCACACUGUAGUUCUCUCAAAGGCAUCAAAGCAGCCUCGAAUGUGGAUCAACAAGGCAGCACUGGAGGAGAGUGUGAGUUUUCCCUUCA